CGGCGUCGACGCUAUCACGCUACGUACCUGUAAGACCGACCAGUUCCGCCGCGGCGCUCGUGAAUAAUAGGUCAUAUAUUUCUGCCGAAUAUUUGCCAAAUAUAAUAAAAACUAAAAUUGUCAUGAUGAAAAAGCACUUUGAAAAGGAUUAACUAACCAAUUAGUAAAUUACGAUCGGAAAAAAUCAGUUGGAAUACGAUCAGUUUUUUUUUGUGUUAGUUAUGUAUUAUUCAAAUUUCCUGGGAAGUUGAGUAAGCUCGAUUCACGUGACGAACUUUCGAUAUCAGUGGUGGAUACAAAAUGGAUUGGGAUUUUUGACGUUUUCUAAUCCCAAGAAAGCCGCCACCAUGUUAGGGGCAGCAUCCGCAUCCACGUUCAGCUAAUAUGAUUUUAUUGGUUACUGCAUUACUGCUAUUCAGUACCGGUUUAGCAGGUUCGAUGCCCGGAGGACCCGGCGUUCCCGAGAAUAUAACUGUGACUUUUCUGAAUCCCACGUCCGUUCGCGUUUCGUGGGCAACUUCCGUUGAAAACGCGGACAAAUAUGACGUUACGUAUAAACCGACGGGUGCCAGAGUGGUGGCGGUGGUGGCCGGAAAUUCGGACGCUGUGACCUUGAGCGGCCUCAAGGCCGACACUCAGUAUCAGGUGACCGUCGCUGCAGUUUGGGGCGGCAAGAAAUACAGGAGUAGGCCAAUUGUCUUCCGAACACUGGAGCCACCGCGGACCUCGCCGCAGCAAGAUCAGAUGGCAGCUGCUUUUUCCACGGCUGAACCUACGGUCACGACGUCCACCGGCAAGGAUAAUAAGUCUGGACAGUCACCCGCUGAUUUGGUCGAAUAUCCACAGGCCAGUUCAACGGUUAGAGGUGUAGAAAUAGGUAUAGUUCUUUUAGUAUUAUUCGUAUGGAUAGCGGCCAUAGCGUUAUUUUUCAAUCGUUGGGGUAAAAUUCGAAUGCUGUUACCCUACCAACCCGAUUAUAAACAAGAACAGCUGAAAGUACCAGGUACUGCGGCUUGCGCAGCCGCCACCGCGUCCGGAGCUACUUGUACGCACAAUUCGGGGGACCACAUCUGUCAACAGCAGAUACAUGCACAACCGCCGCGAACAGCUCGACCACGCAUGAACAGCGCCAUCUUUGUGUCAAACAGCGGACCCGGCAUAGAUCCUAAGGAGUUCUUCCGUCUACACGGCUCCGUUUCUAGACUAUGUAGAAAAGCGAGAAGUGUGGAUAACAUCUCCUUGGAGGAGAAGCAUUUUGGACUUCCCCAGCUUUCCAUAUCCGGGCCUUCGCCACCCGAAGACGAAGAAAAAGAACUAGAAAGAGACAUAUCAGAGACAGAAACGUUAAUGAAGCAGAUAGAGUGAUAUGUAGCGUUAUGCACAUGGUUGUUCUGAUGAGUGGAUCUUGCCGAGAUUUGCCAAAAAUAUAUUUUCUUAAAAAAGUUUAUAUGUCAAAAGAUAUUUACAAAGAAUGAA